CUGAUUACUGGAGCCACCUUGGAACUAUAAGGUUGUAAUGCAUUCCGCCAUUGUGAUGUGUUUUAUCUUUAUCAGAAAACAUAGAAAUAAUAGACAUAACUAUCUCUCAUUGCUAUUUUCUUCUCAUUUUCUUAGUUCCUUGAGUAUCUCAUUACGUCUGUUCUUGGAACGCCUAAAAAGCAUCCUUUCAAGCACAUUCUCUACUGCUACACUUAACAGUCAACAACAUGUAUUUCACUUCCAUUAUCGCUGUCACCGUCCUGGCUUUCUCUUCUGCUGCCUUGGCUGCUCCGUACAACCAGGACAGUUCGACAGUUACUACCGCGACUGGCACAGGUGCGCCCACCGUAACGGUGACGCUUAAUCCACUCGAAUCUCUUGGUCUUUCCAAGACGCAACAGGUCCUCCUGUCAGAUACUCGAGUUGAUGCGCUCAACAAUGUCUUGACCAGCAACGAGGACUUCAAGUUUAGCUUCCUAGAUAAGAAGACUGGCGGCCCUGGUAGAGGUGGUGAGAUCGUCGCAGCCAACCGCAAAACCUUUCCUGCCCUUACGAACACUGGCGUUGGUGCCGCUGUGGCUUUCCUCAAGCCUUGCGGUUUCAACACUCCUCAUGUUCACCCACGCGCGACCGAGUUGGCCAUCGUUGUCCAGGGCACUGUUGUCUCGUCCAUGUUCCCAGAGAACCAAGUCAACACGGACGGCAAGCCUCGCGAGAUAUUGAACACUCUCAAGCCGUUUGACACGACCGUAUUUUACCAGGGUUCUGUUCACUCACAGUUCAAUCCUGACUGCGAGGAUGCCGUAUUCGUUGCCGCCUUCAACUCUGAAGAUGCUGGUACUGGCCAGGUCGCUCAGGAACUAUUCGGCCUUUCUAACGAAGAUCUCACGGCUGCUAUCUUUGGCAAUCAGAUUGAUGGUGCCGAUGUUGAUAAGCUCAAGAGCCAGAUUUCCACCAAUGUGGCUCUUGGCGUUGAGGAAUGCCUGAAGAAGUGCAAUAUUCCCAAGCGCAAGUGAGCUUUCCUAUAGAUUAUGAUGGCACGGUAUGCAAUAGAGCGAUAAUGAUACCCUCAUAGAAUAGACGGUCCAUGUGUAUUGAAGUUGUUGAAGCAGGUUGUUUAGCAUUGCAUUAGCCUGGAGUUUUGGGUAGAAUUCUUUAUACUUUUUUUUUUUUUUAAUAUGCUUUGAGCGUUUCUCAUUGCAAAGUUGUUUGCAACUAGUCAAAAAACACAAAAGUUUCCUCUGGAAUUGUUCGAUUGAUCACACAAUGACCGACCCGAAUCAUCCCCUUUUUUAUGUCCUAAUGGUUAGAGGUAGAAAUUUAGGUUUGUUCCUAGAUCUAGUCUAGUGCAGUAAAGCCGCAAACCAGCUAAACAACUGUAUUGGCUAUAUUUGUAUCCUCAACACCGAAACCUCUGCUUGGGGUCGAGAGAUUUAUCGUUGGUUCUUGUGUGUCAUUACUAUUUCUUAAUCUCGG